AUGCCUUCCCAUAUAUCAUGGCGUUCGGAGGGAUUCCCUGGAUAUGAUUCGGUAAGUGGUCAUUUUCAUUGGAACCAUUUGUUCAGAAAUGGCGAUUCUUUGUUUUCUGUAGUCAGCGCGUGGAAGUGUGUGCUUCGGAUGUUUCAUGUCCGCAGCCGGUACGAUACGGGAAAGGAGAUUACUCUGAGCUUGUUCGACAUUAUCGAAUCUAGCGACGACGUUGGCGUAUUGAAACAGAAGUACGAACAGUUUAAAACCUCCAGUCGCGAUUUCCCAGAUCGUACAAAGGGACUUGUCUACGAUCUGUUUGAGCGUAUAAAGUUUGUCGGCUCCUUUCCUCUUCAUAAAGCGAUCCUAGUGCGCGAAAUCCUGGUGGACGUGGAGAAGGAUGUUGUGGAAGAGGCUUUAUAUCAUUCUAUGAGUUCAUGCAGUGACACAAAUCAGGCCAAUUCGCUAAUACUACUUCACAUUGUGCUCAAGGGUGAAGAAAGUGAUGGAACAAUACCUCCAAUAGCGGCGCUUCACGAUAUAUACAAAGAAGCAAACGUGGACCCAGAAAAGGCCAUAGCAGAAUACAAACGUGCAUUAUACAAAAAGGAAAUUGAUCGUGUGUUGGGUAUCCAAAUGGAGCAACGGUCUAAAACAGAUCCCCCCGUACCGCCACCUAUGGCCAGAUCAGCUACGGCCCAGAAGAAUCGCAGAACAGAAUUAGUUCGAUUGUUUGGUCAUGAAAUACUACCCGAAGUGACUAAAGCCGACAGUAGUAUUGACAUUGCGUCCAAGACUAUGCUGAAACCCACAUGGUUGGCUGAAUUUUUUAACGAUGCAAGAACAUACGAACCUCCCACUUGCGGGUGGUCAGUUCUAAUGUUAGAGCGGGCAGAAUGUUACAAAUUAUACAACGAGGUUAUAAAUGGCAAAUUGGAAGAGGUGAAAGAACGUAUACUUGUGAAAGAGGGAGCGCCUAUGGACAAAAAUCUGCAGGAAAUGCCCAAACUAGCCAUGCUUGUACACUGCCGUAGGCAACAGAUUUGUCAUAUCUGUGAAAACAUCACUGAUUGGGAAAGAAUAGAAACCGAUAGGAUUGUAAGAUUGAAAAAUAUAUAUAGCGUUGAUUUGACAAUGCGACAUGGCAAUUUUACGCCUAUACAUAAGCCUACAAUAGGUGGUGGGAAAGCGCUCCCUCAACCCUUUUACGUAAACCCGGAAGAUGACCCUAAUUAUGACCCUCCCGGUAGUACGCCUUCCAGUAGAUUAAUGAAUAGGAUGUUACGCGGUGACGUCAAGGAAGAAGACAAAUUUGUACCUACCGAUUUAGAAACCCGUAAGAAGGGUUUGGCUUUGGUUGCUAAAGAGAUGGAACCAUUUGAGCACCUCUCACCGGAACAGCUAUCUGAUUUGGUACUACGUAAUUGCAAAAAGGAAUAUGAACUUGCAGAGGCUAUAUAUAGACGUCGUUUGCGAGGAAGAAGUGUUGAAGACUAUCAUGAGAUUCAACUUAUGACGGAAGGUGAACAUCUUGAUAUGCCCACAUCAGCAAAUAUAAACAACCAGAAUGGUCACAAAAUAUCAAAAGCUCAUGUAUCUGGAAAUGGUAUACACUCUCUGCGAGAAGAUUACGUAAUAACACCCAAUGUUUUGCUGACUGAUUGUGUGGUUUUUUUGUCAAUGUUGGAACAUCUACAGUGGCAAUUUACGUCCGCAGUGGAAAUGCCUGUGGAAUCGCUGGUAAAUGUGCACAACAUGGGAGAUUCGAUUACAAACCCGAGACCUCCACAACUGCUUUUUGUGGAUCCAAGGUGUCGAGAGGCGCAUGGGUAUACAAGGGAGUACAGCGCGUCUGUAAGCGAUGCGUGGGCGUACAGAUCUCACUUAAAUGCAAAUGUUAAUGGCAUCGAUGACAGUCAUAAUGAUGGCAAUGUGGACAAGUUGCUUUUAUUUGGCGAUGAUCCGGUGUUUUAUCUAAAGGAUCAGGAGAUGUUGCAACACAUGACCCGUCAUGGUGUUGGACUAAAGAUACACUCGAAAGUGCCGGGAUUCACCUUGCCCCCUGAACCUACCGAGCACCAAAAGUCCACGGUUUUCUACCGUCUCAAUUCUUCUCAGCCGCACGUGCAACAAAUUUGCUCGAACUGCGGCUAUCAUGUUUUCUCACAUACAGUUAAGGCACACGAUGGAGAGUCUCUGACAAGCUCAGAAAUGGAUAGUUUGCUGGAUGAAGAUUGUCCUCACUGCCCGAUUUGCGAAUCUCAAGGAUGCGCCUUAUCGCAAGUAUGGGUAACUGGCUCAAGAGGGUACUCUCCGGAGCCCUACCCCACACCCGUUGAAGAUGAAUUUUGUGUUGAAUGA